AUUAACCCCACAUUGACCUAAGGAACCUCAAUAAAACAAGUAAAACUACGCAACAUCACUGGCAAAAAGUGACAACCAGUGCCCAAAAUCCCAUUCACCGAUAAUGUCAACAAGGACACGACCGAUCCUCCUCCUCGACGGCGGUCUGGGAACCACCCUCGGCGAACCUCCCCACAACAUCACCUUUACCGCAGAAACGCCCCUCUGGUCCGCUCACCUGCUCAUCUCCUCGCCCCAUACCCUCCAAGAAGUGCACCAAGCCUUCGCCACGGCUGGCGCCGACAUCGUCUUGACAGCCACCUAUCAAACGAGCUUCGAGGGGUUUAUGCGCACGAACCCCCGUUACACAGCCGAAGAUGCAGCGCAUUAUAUGCGUUCAGCGAUUCCGCUUGCGCAACGCGCCCAUGCAUCGCCCGGGAAGACGGUGAAAGUUGCACUAUCGCUGGGGCCAUACGGUGCGACCAUGUCGCCCAUUGCGGCAGAGUAUACAGGACUCUACCCGGCAGAGAUGGAUUCUGAGCCGAGGCUGCGCGAAUGGCACGCGCAGCGGUUGUGCGUGUUUGUGGACGAGACGGGGACGUGGGACAAGGUGGAAUACAUUGCAUUCGAGACGGUGAGGAGGGCAGACGAGGUGCGGGCGAUUCGCGGGGCGAUGUUGGAUGUCUUGGCAGACAUGUAUGAGGGUCAGGGGCCUGGCGUAGGCAGGCGCCAAUCGGCGGUGGGGAGAAAGAAACCGUGGUGGAUCUGUGGUGUCUUCCCCUCUGAGGAAGUAGAUGAGAAGGAUGUGCGAGCGUGGAUACGUGCAGCUGUGGGUACACAGGAGACUACACCUGGCGUUUACCUGCCCCGGCCGUGGGGGAUCGGGGUCAAUUGCACCCGGAUUGGGAAUGUUGGGCGCAUCGUCUCCAUUAUGCAGGAUGAGUUGCGUAACCUGAGUGCGCUGGGCACAAAGGGUUACGUUGACGAGUGGGACGGCGUGACCGGACGACCCUGGCUAGUGUUGUAUCCCGAUGGCACUCAUGGGGAGAAGUACGACCCUGUCACGAAAACAUGGGUUGAAACGGAGACAGGGAGAGAAACGCGGCCGUGGGACGAGAUCUUCUGGGAUGUGGUACAAGGGCUGCCUGACGGUGCCUGGGAGGGUGUAAUCAUGGGAGGAUGUUGUCGGGCAGGACCCGAGCAGAUCGCUGCGUUGCGCAGGAGGGUUGAUUCGGAUAAGCAGUCCCAACGUUGAAGGCGUUUAGACGUUAUGGAUAAGGAGCUUAGUUGCUUGGUUCUUGUGCGUCGAGGAUCGGCGGCGAAACAAUAAUAUCCACAUAAUUGACGCUGCAGAUGGAUUGUAUUCCUAGUCACCUCCAUCUUCCCUUCGUUCGGAGUUAUCCACA